AUGGAGCGACCACAUCGACCUCACCGGCACCGUUCAUCUCUGGAAGGGGUUAUCGUUCCUUCGUCUCAACCCUUGAAUCGAGUUUUUGAUAAAAUCAUUCUGCACCUUGAGCCUUGUCAGGCGAGCGAUAUCGGCUAUGAACCAGUGACACUCAUUAAACUUAUGAAUAAUGAGGUUUUUGAAAAGGAUGAGUUUCUGGACCUCUUCUUCACUUUUAUUCAGCAAGAGCUGCUCGGUGAGACGGAAGGGACUGGUCUAGAGCAAAUCUUAUCCCACAUUGACAGAUUUUGUGUCUGGUCAGCUGAAGAGACAAAUGCAUUACGUGACUGUCUUGUUGUUUUCGCCAAGUACUUGGUGGACAACUUCUUACCAUUAAAAGCGUUGGCAGUAAAAACUCCCCAACCCACCCCGGCUCUUUCCCAUUCUAGGACUCCGGAAGCCACCAUUGGCACUCCUCAACGUGUCUCAAAUUUGCGACAAGCCUGUCUUAUACGUGACCGCCACCGAUGUGCCAUUAAUCGGAAAUUCGAAGCCCAAGAAGGCCAGAGACGAUAUAAGCGGGAUGGGCCUAAUUUGAAGGAUGAUGAUGGCAAGUCAUUGCUUGAGGAACGUGAUAAUAUGGCAUUUUUGGAAGUCGCGCAUAUUAUACCUCACUCUCUUAUGUCACUUACCAGCGAAGAAGGCGAAGGGGAGACUUAUUCAAAGCUGAUGGCUUAUAGGAUCUUGAGGAUGUUCAACCCCGGCGCUAUCCACCUAAUUAAUGGGGUUGAUAUCGAUCGGCCGAUGAAUGCGCUGACCCUGACUCAUGACCUUCACAAGUUAUUUGACCGCAUGGGUCGGAUGGAAAGGCUCCCAGUGACUCGUACACUUUAUCUUACACCAGAUCGAAGUAUAGAUCCGCCUUCUCCUCAGCUUCUCAAAAUUCACGCUGCUAUUGGACGCAUCCUUCAUCUCAGCGCUGCCGGUGAUUGUAUUGAUGAUAUCCUUCGGGAUAUAGAGGAAAUGGAGGCUGGCGAAGUGAUGCCGAAUGGAUCAACCCGACUCGAUGAUUAUGUUUGGUUCAGGCUCGGAGAGACGUCUGUUCAUUAG